UAUGAGGCUCCUCCUUGUGUACAAGUCCCGGCUGCCGGCGCUGAUAGGUGGAUGUGGAGGGUGUCCCUGUUCUCCAGACUUGUGUGCACUGCAGAAAGUUACCGGAGCCUGGAACCCCCGGGAUUCUUAGCACUAUUCGGCACUUUUUUCACUUGUGGCCCCAGCUGGGAUUUACACUGGGGAGCCCGUGGGAUCUAGAGCCCGGAGCCCGCUCUCUGUCCUACUGUCCUGCCGGGGGAUGAGUGCAGCCCUGUGACUGGUGUAACAAGUGUAAGAGAACAAAGAUGACUGAAGUGCGUCGGGACAGUACAAGCAGUUUACAAAGAAAGAAGCCACCAUGGUUAAAAUUAGAAAUACCAUCUGUAAUUACUACGACAAGCGAGGAGCCGGCCUUUGUUCAGCCCUUCAAGCGCCAGACGUUUUUAAGAAGCGUGAGUAUGCCAGUUGAGAAUACUAGGAUUCCUUCUCCUCCCAAUGACUCGAAACGGCCAAUCUUACAACGACAGACCUCAAUCACCCAGACCAUAAAAAGGGGCACAGCUGACUGGUUUGGAGUAAGUAAAGACAGUGAUUCCACACAGAAAUGGCAACGGAAAAGCCUAAGACAUUGCAGCCAGAGAUAUGGAAAGUUAAAACCACAGGUCAUAAGAGAAAUGGACCUUCCCAGCCAAGAUAAUAUAUCCUUAACAAGUACAGAAACACCACCUCCUCUUUACGUGGGACCAACGCAGUUUAAUAUGCAGAGGAUUAUAGAUCCUUUGGCGCGAGGGCGUGCUUUCCGCAUGGUGGAAGACACUGAUGGCUACAGUAUGCCUCAUACACCUAUUACUCCAGGAGCAACUUCUCUCUGUUCAUUUACAAGCUCAAGAUCUGGAUUUAACCGAUUUCCUAGAAGACGGAAAAAAGAGUCUGUAGCCAAAAUGAGUUUUAGGGCAGCAGCUGCCCUUGUUAAGGGGCGCUCAGUAAAAGAAGGUACAUUACGCAGGGUACAGAGAAGAAGCUUUACCCCAGUUAGUUUUCUUGAAGAAGACACAAUGGAUUUUCCAGAUGAAUUAGAUACAUCUUUUUUUGCCAGGGAAGGAGCUCUUCAUGAAGACAUGUCCAGUUAUCCGGAUGAAGUGUUUGAAUCUCCAUCAGAGGCUGCCAUAAAAGAGGCUGAGCAGAAUGCAAAAACGGAAGACACUGUUGAACGUACGGGGAGUGCUUUGGACAAGAGCGAAUUAGAAAAAAGCCAUUUGAUGCUGCCAUUAGAAAGAGGGUGGCGUAAGACAAAAGACGGACAUCUCGUACAGCCAAAAAUCCGAUUGUGCCAAGAAGUCGUCAGUGUUGGUCCUCAAAAGCGAGGACAGCGCAUAACUAUCCCAGUGAGGAAACUCUUUGCAAAAGAAAAAAGGCCAUAUGGACUGGGAAUGGUGGGAAGAUUAACAAAUAGGACGUACCGCAAGAGAAUAGAUAGCUAUGUAAAAAGGCAAAUUGAAGAUAUGGAUGAUCACCGGCCGUUCUUCACUUACUGGAUCACAGUGGUACAUCUACUGAUAACCAUCUUGACGGUAUGCAUCUAUGGCAUUGCACCUGUUGGAUUUUCCCAGCAUGAAACAGUAGAAUCAGUUUUAAGGAAUAAGGGAGUUUAUGAAAAUGUUAGAUACGUCCAACAAGAAAACUUUUGGAUUGGACCAAAUUCAGAAGAUUUAAUACAUCUUGGGGCAAAGUUUUCACCGUGCAUGAGACAAGAUCAGCAAGUGUACAGUUUAAUUCAGAAGAAAAGAGAAAAAGAGAAGCACUCCGCGUGCUGUGUGAGAAAUGAUAAAUCGGGAUGUAUUCAGACCUCAGAAGAGGAGUGUUCAUCUACUCUUGCGGUGUGGGUAAAGUGGCCUGACCAUCCGAGCACCCCUCAACUACACAACAAAAGUCAUAGGCAUUAUGGAUCAGUUUGUCGCCAGGACCCGAGGUUUUGUGCUGAACCAGCUUCUGUUCCCCCUCAUGAGUGGCCAGAUGACAUCACAAAAUGGCCGGUCUGUACAAACAGCACAAAUGGAAACUACCCUAACCAUCUUCACAUGAAUUGCGAAAUAACAGGCAGGCCCUGUUGUAUUGGAACAAAGGGAAGCUGUAAAAUAACUUCAAGAGAGUACUGUGAUUUCAUGAAAGGAUAUUUCCAUGAAGAAGCAACUUUGUGUUCACAGGUUCAUUGCAUGGAUGAUGUUUGCGGUCUGCUGCCAUUCCUGAACCCAGAAGUUCCAGACCAGUUUUAUAGGUUAUGGCUUUCUCUGUUUCUUCAUGCUGGCAUCUUGCACUGUUUGGUGUCGGUAUGUUUCCAGAUGACAAUACUUCGAGAUUUGGAAAAGCUGGCGGGCUGGCAUAGAAUCUCCAUCAUUUAUAUUUUAAGUGGGAUUACUGGUAAUCUUACAAGUGCUAUUUUUCUGCCUUACAGAGCUGAGGUUGGACCGGCUGGAUCUCAGUUUGGAAUCUUGGCAUGCCUUUUCGUUGAGCUUUUCCAAAGCUGGCAAAUUCUAGAAAGACCGUGGAGGGCAUUCUUCAAACUCUUCGCUGUUGUCAUCUUCCUCUUCACAUUUGGCCUUCUUCCAUGGAUUGACAAUUUUGCUCAUAUUUCCGGUUUUAUUAGUGGUUUCUUUUUGUCUUUUGCAUUUCUUCCUUACAUAAGUUUUGGCAAGUUUGACAUGUACCGAAAAAGGUGUCAAAUUAUAAUUUUUCUUUUAAUUUUUUUUGGACUUUUCUCAGGACUUGUGGUUUUAUUUUAUUUUUAUCAUAUGAAGUGUGAAUGGUGCGAGUAUUUAACCUGUAUUCCAUUUACAGACAAAUUUUGUGAGAAGUAUGAUCUUGACGCUCAACUUCAUUGACACUUGUUAACUAGAGAUUGCAUUUUUAUAAAACAAAUGAUUCUUUUUCUAUGGUUUAAAUAUAUUGUGUUAUUGCUGUUAUUAAAGGUACUGAAGGAAUAACAUAGCCAUUGGAUCCCACCACCUGCUGAAUUUCAGAUCCUUAAUAACUGAUCCUUGUAGCAAUUAUUAAGCAGCAGGCCUGGUCAUCAUAUGCUGUGGGAAAUAAAAUAUUUUUGAUAUAUAUGUAUCCAUAUUAAGAAAAACAAUAUUCUUAAGGUGCACAUUGAUAAUUUAAUGUAUAUAUAGUAUUUGAUAACCUUUGUUAAAUGUGUCAGAUGAUUUUACUGUCUGAAAACAGAACUAUUUGUUUCCUUGUUCACUUUUAUUGAACAACAGUGUGAUGCCUUUUUGAUGGACUAAUGCAAUGAUUAUGUUUUUUUAAUAUUUUUUGUCCUGCAGAACUUUCUGCAGUAAUUCAGCUCAGGGUAGCGUUUUAGCUACUUUAUCUAUAAUAAAAGAAA